AUGAACCCAUUAGCAGACACUGAUGUUGCGUGUUGCACUCAGCUGCUUGACUCCUUCAGGAAAUCAAACACCCCCUCCCCAGAGCAAAUGCGCUUACUGGCCCUUGAGACAAUUAAUGUCAACUAUCCUGGAGGACUAUGGCUCCAAGUCUUCACUGAUGGGUCAUACAUAGAAAAGCAUGCAAACGUUGGUGCAGAUGUCUAUUCUGAACUCUUCCCUUUCUACGUAGCAGCGGGACACAAUAGAUCCGCUUUUGAAGAAGAAAUAGAGGCCAUUAGGAUUGCACUAUGCCAAUUAUGUUGCCUAGAUACGAAAUUCACCAAAGCGGUGAUACUUUCGGACUCACAGUAA